AUGAACUGGUUUCGGCAAUUCACCUCACGCCAGACACACACAUCCUCGACACCUAUUCCCACCCGGUCGCAUAUCAAUCCUACCCUAAGCCAAGGAAUAUUGAUCUCAGACUGUGAUGAGGAUAGCAUUUAUCACUACACAUCUGGACGAUGGCUUUGGAAUGAGAAGGAACAGUUAUCCCGUCGCUAUGUUAAGUUCAAUCUGGCAGAGCUCGUCCAGAUCGCAACCCACGCGACAGGUUCAAAAUCUUUCGUCGAAGUGCAGAAGCUCCCCGAGGGGAAUUUUUGCAAGGUUUUACUACUCAAGACGGAAGAUGGCAAGGAAGUGAUUGCAAAGCUCCCGAAUCCUAAUGCUGGAUCCCAAUACUUUACCACAGCCAGUGAGGUGGCCACCAUGGAUUAUGUGCGGAGUGUACUAAAUGUUCCGACUCCAACGGUGUAUGCCUGGAGCCCCUCUACUGAAGAGAUUGGAGCCGAGUAUAUCAUUAUGGAACGAAGCCGUGGAGUUGAACUUAGCAAGCUGUGGGAUGAUAUACCUGGUCCUGAUAAACUUCAGAUUGUUCGGCAACUUGUUGGAUUUGAGAAAACACUUGUAUCCACUCGAUUUCCCGUGUAUGGGAGCAUAUAUUAUGCAGAUAACCUGUGCAAUCCCCACCCAAACCAGAUGAUUGAGCUUGGGCCUAAAAAGAACACCGUUGGAGCGGCAUUUGUGGUUGGUCCGACCACAAAUCGAACGUUCUUCGAUGAUGGCAGAAAUGCCGUUGAUCCUACUGCUCAACGAAAACAAGAAACACUGCAAAAUUUCAUCAAGGUUGUCAAGUCUCUGUCGCCGAAAGACAAAGAAAUAUCUAAGCCUGUUCUGUGGCACCCCGAUCUACAUGGGGACAACAUCUUUGUGAACCCCGACCAGCCAACAGAGAUUCUUUCCAUCAUCGAUUGGCAGGCCGUGAAUUUGUCACCUCUAUUUCUUCAAGCUCGCCAUCCAGCUCUGAUAGAAUUCGAGGGACCCAUCCCUGAGGGACUGCAGUCAAUCAGUCUGCCCAACAAUUUCGAUGAGCUCAGCCCAGAAGAGCAGCUCAAAGCGAAGAAGCUCCGUGCUGCUCAGUCUCUAUACAAGCUCUAUGACAUUCAGAUGAUCCAGGACUGCCCUGAGAUUGCAGCUGCUCUAACCUUCAAAAACUCGCUUGCUGGCCAAAUCGCAGGCCUUUCGGGCUCUCUCUUCAGUGACGGGAAACCUGUUGUUCAAGGCAUGCUCAUAAAACUUCAGGAAGAGUGGGCGACUCGUGUUGGAUCAUCCAUUCCCUGUCCAAUUUCUUUACCGAGGAGCAUGAGGAACAGCAGAGAAAGGACGAGGCAAAGUGGGCUAGUGGUGUUGAGCUAA